CAUCCACAGAGAGACGAGCCGCAGGACGCAGCGGACCGACCGGGAUGUUCUCAGGAUAUCGAAGCGAAUGAAGAAGCUCAUAAAAAAUGAAGAAGUGAACAACCGCAUGCGGAUUUUAGAGAAGAAGAUUUGAGAGGAAAAAAAUAUUUGGCUGCUAGUGGAGAUAUUUUGCUUCAGAGACACAGAGAGAAGAGAGACAGACGCCGGCCAUGCAGCACUACGGGGUGAACGGCUACUCUCUCCACGCCAUGAACUCACUGAGCGCCAUGUACAACCUCCACCAGCAGGCGGCGCAACAAGCCCAGCACGCCCCUGACUACAGGCCCUCAGUGCACGCCCUCACUCUCGCAGAGAGACUGGCUGACAUUAUCCUUGAGGCCCGAUAUGGCUCCCAGCACCGAAAGCAGCGGCGCAGUCGGACAGCCUUCACCGCCCAGCAGCUGGAGGCCCUGGAGAAAACUUUCCAGAAGACCCACUACCCUGAUGUGGUGAUGCGUGAACGUCUGGCCAUGUGCACCAACCUGCCCGAGGCACGCGUCCAGGUCUGGUUCAAAAACCGCCGGGCCAAGUUCCGUAAGAAGCAGCGCAGCCUGCAGAAGGAGCAGCUCCAGAAGCAGAAGGAGGUGUCCGAAACUGCAGAGGGCUCUACAGAGGACUCCAAGACUGACUCCACCAGUACCACCAACACCACUGCAGUUCCUGAGGCCCGCACUCCUCCCCCUCCCUCCUCCUCUUCGUCCUGUCAGUCAGAGACAGAGAGGCUGGCAGCCACGAGGCCCCAGCCUGGAGAGAUGAGUGUGGAAGUCAACGUCACCUCCCCUGAGCCGUCGGACAGCGAGUCAGCAGCAGAAGAUAAUGCUGACAGAGAGGAGGAAAUGAGAGUGGAGUCGAGGGUGAAGAUCAGGGAGGACACGCAAGGGGACGGCAGAGCGCAGCUGGGCAGCAGCUCUCCGUCCUGUAAACAGAUGAGCCCCACAUCAGACUCUCCCCUGAGCUCCCCCCCGUUGCCGUCCUCCAGCAGCGUGACCGGCGGUCUGGCACAGAGCAACUCCUACGCUUCAUCUCCCCUCAGCCUCUUCCGGCUGCAGGAGCAGUUUCGGCAGCACAUGGCCGCCACCAACAACCUGGUUCACUACCCGUCCUUUGAAAUGAGCACGCCGUCCUCUCUGCCCUACCUGGGCAUGAACGUCAACAUGCCGUCGCCAUUGAGCUCGCUGCCCUGCCCGUCCUACUACCAGACCCUGUCGCAGGCCCAGCAGGUAUGGAACAGCCCGCUGCUGCAGGCACCAGGCAGCCUCAACAGCAAGACCACCAGCAUCGAGAACCUCCGUAUGAGGGCCAAGCAGCAUGCAGCCUCGCUGGGGUUGGACACGCUGCCCAACUGAAGCUCGGGCUGCUCAGUUCAAGUGUUCGCCCUCCAGUCAGGGCUGUACCUGUGAAUUAUGGGCCCUGUAAACAAGAGGUGACUCUGGGCCCCUCUUCACUUUCCACUUGACCUCUCACGACUGUCAGCAACUCUCCAUUAAAAACACAGACACAUCUCCAAAAACUCAACAGUGAUUUAGAUUUGAACGUCAGCAAUCCAGUUGGCUGACAUCCUUAAAAUCUGUCCAAAUUUCCAGUUUCAUGUAAUUCAACAGCUGUUUUACAUGCAGUUUUCUAGAUUUUAAAUACACCCAAUUUUCAAAACCAAAGGAGUGUGACAAACAGUAGAAACAACAUAUUUUUUGACACGCACAAAGGCCUCAAAAUAUGUUUUAGAGCAGGCACUUUAGGCGCCCUCCCUCAGUUUGGGGCCCAGGGUUGUCAACAUAACACACCUACCCCCAUUCUCCUCAUGGUCACCAUGCAGCUUACCAUCAGGAGCACGCCAGGACAUGAAGAACAACUUUUCUGGAUAGACUUAACAGAAAAUAAGAUUAUAACCAGAACUCAAUGGACUUAAUGAAAAUAAAUCCCACCUGGACUGCAGCUGUGACUGAACACUACUUUAGGCCUGUGGAUCUUUGCUUGUAUUCAACUCCUCCUGGUCAACGGCAGAAGCCAUCUCUACUAAUGCUAUCUGCUCACUAUUUCAGCCUCCUCUGUGAAGUCAGGGAAGAAAGUCUUGAGCUGAUUCCAGUACAGAUUUAAGAUAUUAGAAUAUUCUCCAAUUCAACCCCUGAACUUGAACUAUGCAUGCAUGCACCCCUCUGAAGCAUGGCUUACAGCCGCAAAACACAGAAUGAAGUCAUAUCUGAUAUCAGAAAUAAAGCUCUGAUCACUCAAUAUAAUCCCCAACUGUAUUUUUUUGUAGAUGACACAUGACAGCAUUGUUUAAAGUUACAGUACUAAGCUGAGUCCAUUGAGCGUUGUAAAUAUCCCUUAGUGUUCACCUCCAUAUGCCUGGCUAAAGAAGAAAUCCAUGUCUCCUUUUGCGUGAAGGAUUUGAGAGGAAACGUCAAUUGUGGCUUUGAGUCAAGGACCUACAGCAGCAAUGAAAUAAGGGGAGAAACUGCGGAGGAGGCACAGUGACAAAUAAAUAUGAACCCAGCCGACAUAUAUUUUUGUUAACUCGGAUGCCAGACUGAACUCGACAGUCACCACUUUUUCUGAGCCACUGGCUUCCACAGAAAGACGCACAGGCCCAUUCUCGAUGUACUAUAUCACUGUAGAUGUAUUUCUCAAUUGUUCAAAAUGUGAGUAAUUUAUCUGUUCAAUGCAAGGGAAUAAAUCACAAAUAAGAAUGA